AUGGGCAGCAGGCUGUACGUGCAGACCUGCUCGCAUCAACGAAUACGAAUCCGGCGGCGAGCUGCACGUGCAGUCUCGUCCGUCGACUACGACUUCGACUUCAGCGGCGGGCUGUAUAUGCAGUCCCGUUCGCCCUCGACGACGACGACAACGAGUCGGACGGCCAGCUGCACGUGCAGCUCGCCUCUUGACCUCCACUACGACUACGACUACGACUACGACUACGACUACGACUACGACUACGACUACAACUACAACUACAACUAUGACAACAACUACGGCAUCAGUGGUGGGCUGUACGUGCAGCUCCGUUUACCUUCAACGACAAGCUCUACCUCAGCACCUACGACAUGA